AUGAGUAACACUUAUCAGCAAAACUCUCACAGAGAAUCUAAAGACUCUAUCAGACAAAGGCAUAAAAGCUAGCUUUCUGUCUAUAAAAAUAAUCAGAAUGAAAUAUACUUCAACAGCAAUACUUCUUUUCUUGAUAUUGAUAAUGGAGCAAGCCUUAAGAAAAAAUCUUCGAGAGAAAAAGAAGGAUUAAAUAUAAGUAAUCUUAAGACUCUCUCAACUAAUAACGCAAGUUAGUACUCAAGCAUUGCACAUCUUAAAUCUUCAAUAUAAAAUACAAAUGAUAAAAGCAAUUAACAGUCAAAGGCUUCUCUAUUAGUAAAGGGAAGACUAAACAGGGACAAGGUAGGCUAAAACAUUAACAUUAAUUCUUUCCUUGAGAGGAACUACUGCUAUCAAUACACCUUUGCCACCAGGGAAAAGACUAGAUACUAACUCAGCAUAGUCUAGCUAAAGAUGAUACGUAAAUACUAAGUAAUCUGCUCCAAAUACGAUGCAUUGACGUUUAACAAACACAGCAAGAGCACUUCUCACAAUAGAGAAACAGGUGCUCGACCUUCUUAACUUGUACCACAAAUAAAAAAGUAUCAAAGUUCAAUCUCAACAAAGAAGUACAGUUAGAAUAGUAAAAUUUCUAGGCAUUUCAAUGUCAAAGACAUCAAUAACUCCGCAGCUAUCGAAAUUAUGAAUACUGAAGGCAGUAGCUCCUCUAAAAAGGAUAAAUUCAGCAAUUUUGGUCUAAGUUUUGUUAGUAGCAUUAAAGGUAAAAAAAACUUUAAGUAUCUAGAAAAAGCUAAUUCUCCUAAAAGGUCUCCGUAAACUAAAAUGAAAAGAACCAUUUCUUAAACAGACGGUAAGACAGACCAAGCAGCUGAAGAGUAGUAACAGAGAUUUCUUCAGUACAGAGAUAAGUUGAUAUCAUUGGUUACCUCAGAAAUUGAAUUGUAUAAAAAGGUUUGGAAUAUAUUAGCCUUUGUUCACUUAGCUCCACCCAAUAAGAACCCUCGAAAGGCGAUAGAAGCCUUUAAGAAAUUGAGAGACGCUGCCCAGGAAGAUAAGGACUUUGAUUGCAAGAUGUAUGCCUACCAAUAGAUGGGCAAAUGCUAUCAAAUGAUGAAGGAGUAUGCAAAAGCUAUUCUUUGCUUUAAAAAGUAAUUGCAACUAGCUUGGCAUAUAGAAAGCUUGGAAGGUGAAAUGAAUGCCUAUGAUAACCUUGCAAUCCAGUAUUAUUACGAAGGAGAUUUGGAAAAAUCUAAAUACUACAAUGAUCGAAUGAUAAGAGGUAAAGUUGAAGCCAGAUUUUCAAUCGUUAGGAAAAUGAGCUAAAACCAUGCUGUUAAGAAAUUUAAAGUUGGAAGUCAUAGAAGAUUUGCUGUAGUCUAAAACAUAGCUUAGGGUAUUAAGAAGCUGCUUAGUGAUAAUGAUAAAAAGCGUGACAUGUCUAAGCUAGAAGAAAGUUUCACCAAAGCUGAACUCUAAGCUCGAAUGAUAUCAGGUAACGGCAAUGGAAGAAAAGGCUUAAAUGCGAUAGCUCAUCUAGCUAUAAUGGCUAAUUUAGAAAGAGAUGACAGAGAUAUCAACGAAAGAAUGAAUGCUCCAGUUAUGGUGCUAAGAUCAGGUACUCCAAUUUCUGAUAUUUCUGGUAGGGAUUUACCGUCUCCAGCAGAUAUUAAAGGGGAAAAUAAUGUACUUCUGCUUCCAUAUUACCAAGAAGUUGAGAGAAAGGAAGGUGGUGGUGGAGGCCAUUUGGUGAGUAUAAUGCCUGAUCCUGAUGCUCUUACUAAUAUUGAGGAUGUCCUAGCUAAUAAUCCUCACAAAAGAUCUCGAAGUCACUUGGUUACUAAUGAUCAAAUUAAUAAAAAGUAAGGCCAUCCUCAUAAAAAGCGAGAUGCGAGUGCUGGCUUUGAAAACUAUGGCUAAGAUGAAGUUGACAUAAAACUAUAAUAGGAAAUAAUUAAAGUUGAAAUCUCUAAGCCUUCAAAAAGACUAUUCAAUCCUAACUCUAAGUAUCUUCAAAGGUUAAAAUAGUAAGAAGAAUAAGAUAGCAAGAUAGAGAGAUUAUAGAUUGCAAUGAAGGAACAAAUGUAAAGGUAAAAACGGAAUAAAUCAAUGACUGGUGAGGAAGGAGUGGAUUCGAUUAAUGAUAGUAAUGUUGCCUAUGGACUAAACAUGAAGGAGAUUAUAUAAAAAGCUGAAAUUAGACGCUGGGGUAAGGCGAAGGAGCAAGUUAAUUUGUAGCACUUAAGUCCAAAUAGAAACAUUAAGAAAAUCAAGUAUUUCGAUGAGUACGAAACAGAAAGAAAAUUAAAGGAAUUUGGCAAGUUCAUUGACUAUGAGAGAUUCAAUGGAGGAAUUAAAAGAAAGAAAAAGAGUACAACUUUGAGAUUUUUAAUAAAGUAUAGAAUUGAAUUGUAUGAGAACGGGAAGCAGAUUAAAAUUGAGAGUCCAUAUCUUUUAGCAAGCUAAACUCAUGACAUUGAUUUGUCUAUAGUAGUGCCAGCUUAUAACGAAGAGUCACGCUUGCCCACUAUGAUGACUGAAACAUUAGAGUACCUAGAGUUGAAGCUAAAGGAAGGUAAAUUAUUGAAGUCUGUGGAGAUUGUGAUUGUCAAUGAUGGCUCUAAGGACAAGACAAUGAAUCUUAUCCUAGAUUACACCAAGAAAUACCCCACCAACCAGAGAUUAUGCAUUAGAGGAGUCAAUCAAGUAUAGAAUUAAGGAAAAGGCAGUGCAGUCAAAUAGGGAUGCCUUUAUUCACGAGGCAAACUGAUAUUAUUCACAGACGCAGAUGGGGCUACAGACAUUAGGGGGCUAGACACAGUGCUAAAUGAGUGUGUUUCAAUAUCUAAGAACAACCUUGGAUGUGCUAUUGGUUCAAGAAAAGAAGAGAAUGCAACAGUUGAGAGAAAUGCAUUGCGUUAAUUUUUAUCUUGGGGUAUGCACACUGCAGUGCAACUGAUUCUAAGAAACAACAUCAAGGAUACUCAGUGUGGUUUUAAAAUAUUCACUAGAGAUGCUGCAAAGCUUGUAUUCCCAACUUAGCAUCUGGAAAGGUGGUCAUUCGAUGUAGAAGUGCUAUAUUUAUGCGGUUAACACGGAGUUCCAGUGAGAGAAGUAGGUGUAGUAUGGCACGAGGUAGAUGGUUCACACUUGAAUGUAGUUGAAGCUUCCAUAUAAAUGCUAAGGGAUAUGUUCCUCAUUAAGUUGCUAUACACUGUUAGGCUUUGGAAGCAAUCAGAUUUAAGUUAUUGA